AUGUCCCUCCGCAUCCCAGACCAGUACUCUCGAUCGAGGUCCAAGUCUCGAGAACGGUCAAGAUCGCGCCAUGGCCGCGACCAUGGCCACGGUCGCAGUCAUAGUCGCAGUCACAGCCAUGUUCGCAUAUCUUCUCCGCCUAGGGAGAAGGAGAAGUCAAAAAAGUAUUAUGACUAUGAUUCCUACGAAGACGAAGCUCCUCGCCGGGCAAGCUCUCGACACAUGCCUAGUCAGUACCGCGAGGUUUCGCCAUCCGACGACGAAAGGUUUCGUACGUCAAGAAGCUCGAGGCACUCUGUAGCGGUACCAAACGAUCAUUACUAUCUCUCCGACGAGCAUGCGCUAGCUCCUAAAUAUUCAUCCAGCUCUAAACAUUCCAAAGGCAAGCGGUCGAGCUACCUGUAUGACUCGCAUUCAGAUGUUGAGAGUGCUCCGGCGCCUAAACCGCCAGCCGUCACCUAUCCUUCAUCAAGGUCGUCCCGACUUCCUGAGCCUGAAUAUUAUGAAGACUCAGAGGAGGACGAUGAUCAUCUAGCCUAUGGCGACCCUUACGACUACCCCCUUGCCAGAAACCACCACAACCACCAACGAUCAAGUUCCCGCGGCAGGCUCCCUGCGGACCCUAGACCAGUAUAUGAUUCUGACUCUAGCUAUGAGCAUACUACCAAGGAUCAGUUGCGGUAUUCCCACAGUCGAACCAGGGAAUCCCCUCGGCAUGGAAGUUUAUUCGAGCAAGAUCAGGUUUCCCACACGGCUUACGCUCCCAGCGAAGAGAAACCCCCUAUGACACAGAAAUAUGGGCUCGGUAACGCAUUUGAACAGCUCAAAUCGCAGCUCUAUCCUUCUUUCUCCCAAGGGCCUCCCCAACCAGAGGAAAAAACAUCAAAGAUUGACCUCAAUGCUUGGGCAGAAAUACCCGAAUGUGAACGUGAAGGAUAUGUCCCACCAGCCGAGAAAGCGCCAGCUGCAGCCCCGCCGAGUAAUAAACUGCCAGAUAUGCCUAACAUAUACGCGGAUAUUACCCAAUAUUACCAGCGGCCACCGCCCGCGGUAACCCCUACUGCGCCUGCGGCAGCACCCCCGGAGGUACCCCCUCGCCCGCAGAAUUCUGCCUAUACCCGUCCCAUCCCCAGUGUGAUACCAGGAGCGAAUGUCACCAGCCCAACAACGUCCACCACCCAGUAUCCUACUAUUCCGGCUGCACGAUAUGUGCCACAGUACAGUCAAACCCCAGUUGCCGCUCCAACGUUGGCUCCGAAGCCAGAAACUUCCAGUGGCCAUAAACGUGCAACAUCCACUGGAAAUAUUCCUACAAAGAAGACAUAUAGCCAACCAGACGUCUAUCAGUACGCUGUACCAGAGUCACUAAUCAGAUAUUCCAAGGCUCCGGCACCAGCCCCUGCCCCUGCCGCGAGCCAUGACAACAAGAUUCAGUACACUGCAACUCCAGCUAGCCAGCCGAAGCAGGCCUCAUAUAUGGAAAUAAAACCCCGCCGUCAAACUGUCAGUAGUAGGCCAAGUAACUUGACAUUAUCUGUGGAUGAUCACAUGAAAAUACCUGGCAGUUUUCCAGAUGGCAGCCACCCCCCAGCCAGCCCGCUUUUAGAGCCAUACAGAGGCACAUAUCAAAGCAUAUCUCCAAUUCAGUGGCCAACGUCCCUUGCAGAUGACGCUUUAUCUGACAUGGAGCCUCUUAGUGGCAAAGGAAGCAAGACCCUGGGCCGCAAGCAAAGCAAGAAGGACAAGAAAAAAGCAGAAGAUGCAUCUAUGGAGCUUGAAAUCCGUAGAAGGUUGUCCACCAGUCUGGGAUCUGGCCCUAUCAAGGAGAUCACGCCCAAGCAACCGGUUUACAUCUAUGAUCCCAAAGAUGAUGCAAAAUUAAUACAUUCUGCCUUGACCCAUUCGAAAAUCAACCCGAAAACGCUGAUAAAAAUUCUUCCAUAUCUCACAUCCAACGAGAUUCUGGACCUUCGCUCCGCAUAUAAGCAUCUGAGAGUUAUGACUAGAAAAGGGGUGAAUAUGGCCAAGCACAUCAAAAUGGUGGUUCCUGGAAACUUCGGCAAAGUGUGCUAUGCGACUGCCUUGGGGCAGUGGGAGUCCGAAGCUCUAUGGGCCAAUUUCUGGUACCAAUCAAGCCGUACCCGCCAUGAACUGCUCAUCGAAUCCCUUAUAGGGAGACCCAAUGCUGAAAUAAAGGAAAUCAAAGCUUGCUUCCGUGAUAAGAGAUACCAUGAUAACCUUGAGCUAUGCAUGCAAACCGAACUCAAAGCCGACAAAUUCCGUGUUGCUAUCCUUCUGGCUUUGCAGGAGAAGAGACAGCCGGAUAACGCGCCUCUGAAUUUUGACUUAGUUCGUAAGGACGUAAUCGAUCUUCAUCGUGCGGUGACAUCGCGUGACGGAGGAGAAACGGCUAUGAUACAGAUUAUCAUUGUAAGAGGGAAUGCGCAUCUUCGGGAGGUCUUGCAAGCGUAUGAGAUGACAUAUCGAGAGAACUUCACUCGGGCAAUGCUCUCGAAAUCUCGGAAUCUAGUGGGCGAGACACUAGGGCAUGUUCUCAACGGCGCUAUUACAGAGUCCGGCACCGGGCGUGACCGUGCCGAGCUUCUUAUCUCACGACUGGUUCGCCUGCACUGGGAACCACAACACUUGGAGAGAGUUAAUUCAGAGUACCGCCGCAAGUAUGGCAGGUUUAUCGAGGACCAUAUCGAGGAGGAAAUCAUUGAAGUUGGAGGCGCGGGAGCCCAUGAAAAGAAGACGGAGUGGGCAGACUUUUGUGUCGAAUUGGUCAAGAGCUCAAGCUUUCAUGUUGAAAAUGAGCAUCAGUGA